UUCAUCAAGUGCGUCAUUGUCGGCGACAUCGCCAUGGGAAAGACGUGCAAGCUCAUAUCCUACACCAGAAAUAACUUCCCCACCGAUUAUGUUCCUACUGUGUUUGAUAACCUCAGCGCUAAUGUGGUUGUUGGUGAAACCACUGUUAAUCUCGGCCUUUGGGAUACUACAUGUCAGGAGGAUUAUAAUAGACUAAGACCACUGAGUUACAGAGGAACAUAUCUCUUUUUAUUAGCUUUCUCUCUUAUCAGCAGACCUAGCUAUGAAAACAUUUCGUUUUCUUAG